UCGGGGCGAUAGAAGAAAGGAUCCAGGAGGCAUCUGAUCAGGUGGCGAGAAGCCGUAUGGAUGAUAAGACCCGAUGGGAUCAGUCUGCGCGAGUGAGGAAAGUACCCUUGGUAGUCGGGGAUGUCGUGCUUCUCUACGAUACGUCGCUGGAGAAGCAGUGGUCCAGGAAGCUCGAUAAGAGAUGGUCUGACUUUACGAAGACAGCCAUGCCAAGAGGAGGGAAGGAGACACGGCCGCCUCAGAGGCCGUUGGGCGCAUCAGGAGGAUAUGAGCGGCAUGGGUCUCGCCAACGAGAGAAUACUCCAGUCUACAAUGAUGGGGACAUCGARCUAUUCCUGGACAGUUUCUGGGAGCAUGCGAGGCGUAUGGGCUGGACCGUCACUCAGGCGAUUGAGAGAUUGAGGGGAGCAGGUAGGUUCGAAGAGCCCAUUGCCAGGAUUCGUAGGGAGGCGACGACGAGGCAGGAGGUGGAGAUAAGGAUGGAGGAGUUGCGACCCUCGCCUGUGGGACCUGAUGGCAGGCCGAUCCGCCUGGAGAUUGGAAAUGCGCCGGACUUCAUCCCCGCGUUUGAGUGGUUCAUGCAAGAGCAGGGCAUACAGAGAGAUGAUUGGAUGCAGACACUACCACUCUGGACCAGGAAGACGGAAAGGCCACUGGCUAUGCAGAUCAGGGACAUGGCACGAGAUUGGGAAAGCUGCAGGGCACAUUUGAGAGAGGGUUUUCGACGGCCAGAGCUCCCUCAGCCCAGAGUCGAGAGGCGUCAGAGGAGUCAGAGGCCGAGGGACCCUGAGCCCAGGGAGGCGAGACCAUCUCGAGGAGGACGGAAGGCCCUAGCCAGGAGAGAGCAGGAGYCAGAGGAUGAGGAGCGAGGGGCAUACCCUGAGUGUGGGUUGGGGCCAGUGGAGUUCCAUCGUUUUACUGAGGGUGGAUUGAGGAGGUCGCCAGCACACACAGGGGAAGCCACCAGCGUCAAAGGGGCCCUUGAGGGAAUUGGAGAUGCAUUUAGAUAUCUCUCGGUGGAGGGCGUCGCUUCAGGGGGAGGAAGUGAUAGAGGUUGGAGAAGGCACGCCCCCACAGGCGCCAGCAGUGGGUUUGAGACUCGAGGGUGCACCAGGGAGCACCCGGCAAGCAAAGGAGGGGUUGCAGAGAGAGGAGACCCCUUUACCUUCGUCAGAAAAGGCUCCUUCGCCAGAAGGGAGGGCAGAAGGAGGAGAGAGGGGGCAACUGUAAGGAGAGAAGCUUUGAUCCUGAUUGAUAGGCACCUAGCAGCUCAUGCCCUCGAGCACCCAGACCUGGAGGAGCCAGCACCUGCAGAGCCGGGCCAGGAGUCAUGCCAGCCCGAGAAGGAGAUGGAAGCAGAAAUCCCAAAGAGGGUCGACCUCCGCACGAGGGAAAGGGUGCCAGCUGGAGAGACGACCGAAGAAAAGAGGGCAAGACGAACCAGGCGGAUAGAUGAGAUAUGGCAGGAGAGGCAGAGGUUGGAGGCAGCUGGGGAGCUCCCGGAGCAGCAUCAGGAGAGGCAGAGAUCGGAGGCAGCAGGAGCACUCCCGGGUCAGCCGCCCAGCGCGCCAGCCAAGGCCCCGGAAAUUCCUGAAAUGUGGAGAGACUUCUGGGAGCAGAGAGGAGAGGAGCUUCCAUCGCCAGUCAGAGCCGGGUUUGGGGUGGCCAGGAAGGCGGAAGAAAGGUUAGAUCGUAAAAUCAAGUUCCUAGUCAAGACCACUUUUGACCGGCACUUGUUAUUAGAGGGCGAUCUGGUGGGGAAGAAAAUGAAGGAAGCCAGCCAUGGAGUACGUCUGGAGGCUAUGGAGGUGGAAAUUCAGGAACUUAGGGCUUUGGUGGCCAGCCAGACAGCUAUCAUUGAGAGCCUGAGGCAGCAAACCCAGGGAAAGGUGGACAGACCAGAGAGCAGCCGGCAGGGAGAGCAGAGGCAGCCAAGACAGGGAUUGCCAGGACAGCCAUCUGCGACAGAGCCUCGCCAGGAGCCGCCUAUGGGGAGAGUUAUCCUGGAGCCAGAGGAGGCGAGAGCCCAGAGACAGGCGGAGAGAGAGGCGUUCGAGUUUAGAGCCCCUACUGAGCUCGCGACGCUGCCGAUGGCGGCGGUAGGCCCAGUCGUACCUUUGGCAGUAGAGGAGGGGCUGCCACCAUCUAGCAGUGAGCCGACUCAGGGCUCGGCAGAGGGAUCCAUGGGCGUGCUCCUUGAGGCGGUGCAUACUAUACAGGAGGAGGUGAGUUUGUUUUCACCUGAGCAGAGGAUAGAGGAGCCUCUUGAGAGAGAGAUGGGGAUUGAGGAGGAGGGUGCCAUCGCGUGCAGACUCCAGAGGAUAGGCACACCUGAGUAUGAACCAGAGGAGAUUGAGGAGCAGCCCACGGCAGUGCCAGGGGCGGCACUCGAGAGGAGGCCUCAGAGGUUGGACACGGCCGAGUACGUUCCCGCGACAGAAGAUUUGAGAGGUAGACCUUGGAUUUUGGGCUACUGGAUCUGGGUCUGGUGGACCAGUUCCGGGGACAGAGCGGCAGGAAGUCGUUGGUACCGCAGCUCCUCAAACAGAGCAGCAGGGGGUUGUCAGUACCUUGGCAGGAUCUCCUUCAUCACCACCUCCUCAGCCCAGGAAGAAGAAGUUCAAGAGGAAGGUUGAUCAACUAUGUUUCUAAUGCAAGAGGAGCGCGCAUCACGCUU